AUGGAAUCGUUAUACGAUCGAGAGAACAUAAAAGCUUUUCAAUACACUGAAAUCGUUCAGGAGUCGCCAACAAUUGGAUAUGCCAAUCAGUUGGCUCCGAAACUCCUUGUAUAUCUUACUGCCCCACCGGCUCAGUGCACACCUUCGCUCAAAGAUAUCUCUUAUACGCUGAGAGAUGAAACUUGCUGUGAUGCAACCAUUCCAUACCUUGUCGACAAUCAACUGAGCACCAGCGAUGGAAUGGGUGCAAUUAGUCGAGCUGUUCAAAAACGCGUUCAAUCGCGAUUUAAUCGUUCCUUUGAAGUCAUCAUAUCUGAAGCGGAUUUUGUUAUCAAAACAUAUUACUCUGGUAGUCGACAAUGUAAAUUCGAAACUGAUCGCUACUAUGUAGCUCUUUAUGAAACUCCAACACAGUACGAUCUCAACAAUGUCGCUAGAGAAAACGAGCUGGCUAGUGUGGAUAGCAGGGAUCCUCUGGGAUGGAAGCAAGCUCCUCUGGCAGUCCCAGAAGACUUUCAAGAUAUUGGAAUUAUCGAUUCAGAAGCAGGUUCACCUGCUAGUAAUAAGGUUCUUCCUGGAGAUGACUUCAAUCUUAAGACACCCAUAGUUUCCGUUGCUGGAAGUACCGAUGGGAAAACGGGCACAUUCAGAAGACAAGCAACUCAAGACUCAGCUGCCACUUGUGCAGGGAGGGGACCAAACGCAGAUGCCAGUACACCGCUCACGUUCUCGGCUAAUGAAUGUUGUGAUUCCCGUCUUGCCCAAAUUAUGAGAAGUGCGGCCGAUGACUCCCCUUCAUUUGCUCAUUUGGGAGAUGCUGCUAAGUUCAUUCAACGACGAAUCCAGUUGGAGUACUUGUUAUCAUUCGAGGUAAUCAUUAGUGCAGGGGAUUUUGCAACUUCUACAUACUACCACGGAACAAAUACUUGUAAGAUACGCGUGGGACAAUAUAAUGUUCUGGCAUACGAGACACCCGUUCAGUAUAAUCCGUUCGACAUUGUAGAAGAAGACUUUCUAGCCAGUGCAGAUUCUGAGGAGCCUCUAGGGUCUUCAAGGCCUACAAAUGUACGAGGCGAUUUUCCUGAUAUCAGAGUCGAUCCUUCUGCAGGAGAUGACCUUACAAUCCAGCCAAGCCCUCGGGAAGCUCGUGCAAGGGCUUUUCUAGGAGCUGGUGGAGCUGGAGUAACUUCGGAGCAUGACGUUUCCGAUAUUGAUAUGGUCCCUCCUGGGCAAAGCGCGAUGCCUUUGACAGUCAUCGAUGGCUUUCACGUUGGAGGUAAUCGAAGUUUGGGAGUGACAACCAGAAAAGACUUGGAAGACCUGCCACCCGGUAGUCAUUGUGAUAAACAAAACCGUACAGGGGAUAUAUGCUGUAGCAGUGCACUUUUUGAGACCAUGACGGACGCUUUCUAUGAGAUGAGCAGUUCACCCGAGUUCUCCUUCAGUAGUGCGGGAAAUCUCGCCAGUUUCAUUCAAAAGCGAGUACAAAACCGAUUUGGUCUAUCAUUUGAAGUGAUCGUUUCACCGGGUGAUUUUGCUUUAGCCUCGUAUGGAGUUAGUGAUGAUAUUUGUAAGUAUCAUGAACGAGGCUUCGUAGCAAUGGCCUAUGCUACACCUAUACAGUACGACAUUACACGACUGGAAGACGAGGAAUACUUCUCGUCGAUCUCGUCGCGCGAUGAUCUUGGGGCUACUGAACCGUACCUGCCUGAACAGCGUCCUUUCCACACGCCAUUAGCGCUAGAGACUGAAGGAAAUCGAGCCGGAUUCCCCAAAGGGUCCCAUUGUUUGGCAGCCGAACGCGCA